AUACAGCUCACGUCUGUUCGAGUGUCCAAUCCGCAAGUUAUUAAUUAAAUUUUAUAAUUAACGUUGAGUCAGAAUGAAUUUCCUGGCGGGAUUGUUCUUGAUUGUCCUCGUACGGGAGUCAAGAGGAUUUUUGCCUGAGCCCUGGCUACCAUGGCACUGGGAGCCUUGCAAGAAUUACUCUGAUCCGUCGGUUAUCGGGAGUGAAAAGCACGAAUGUUACAGAGAAUGCAAGAAGGGAGAUAACAGAAAGUGUUCUUAUCACUUUUGCGUAAUUCCCUGGGUAACUAGGGAUUGUGGGGACUGUCCCGGAAAUUUAACGGAUUGUUUUUCACCCUCGUGCAUAACUGCUGGAAACUACAGAAGGCAUGUGUCUACUAUCAACAAAAUGCUACCUGGACCCAGUAUUCAGGUGUGCGAAAACGAUGACAUUUCUAUUGACAUAACCGACGAGUUUGUAAAGAUACCAACAGCAAUUUACGAGCAUGGAAUACAAAAAUCACUUAACCUCGGUACAUUUGACAUACGAUGGUCUGAUUGGACGGCUUCGCCUGCUGGUACUCAUUUCUGGGAAAGCUGGGCCAAUUUCGAAUCCUCUGAUGGAAUAUACGGUAGCUUGAUUAUCAGAAAAGCCGAUGAUCCCUUGCAGAAAUACUAUGAUUUCGAUUUGGCUGAACAUGUGAUGAUGAUCUCGUUCUUCACAAGAAGGUUGACACAGUUUUCCACGCGUAUUGAAGCCUCCGCAAGAAAUAUCGUUUCCUCUAGGCUAAUUGUCAAUGAUGAUUGGGAUGGUGUAUCAGUUGAGCCGCUUAACAGUACAGACAGUCAACGAAUUCGACCUCGCUAUGAAGUAUUCCAUGUUGAUGCAGGAAAACGCUAUCGAUUCAGAGCCAUUUACAAAACGUCUAUUGCCUGUCCAGUACAAGUAUCGGUUACCAAUCAUAAAAUUCAGAUUAUCGCCUCGGAUAGUGGAACAAUCGAUCCAGUUGAAGUCGAUACAUUCCUGAUGUACAGCGGAGAGAGAUACGAUUUCGUCUUAAAAGCUGAUCAACCCCCCGGUAAUUACUGGAUCAACUACAGGACCGUAGGUAUAUGUAAUGGACUCAAACAAUCUGCCUCGACGUUUGCCAUUCUUAAUUACAAGGGAAUCCCAAGGGAGCAAGAAGCAGUGGCAAUGAAGGGCGGCAUGGGCGAUUUACUGCAAAUAUUUUCGGAUAAUACAUCCCUGAGACUCAUCGAUUACAAUAAUUCUGCACCUGUUCCUGCAGCACUUGCCGGCACUCCAGAUUACACACUGUAUUUCAAGUACUCUUUCAAGAAACACGCCACGUUAAAUGACCUGGUCUUCAAAAAUCCAACUUGGGAUUCUCCACUGACCGACGAAACCCCGAGUUCGACGUACUGCACCCCCUCAACCAUGGAAAAUAAAAAAUGCGAAAAUGACCAGUGCUCAUGUACCAUGGUCUACCCCAUCGAGUACAACGCUCUCGUGGAGAUCGUUUUCGUGGGCACGUGGACCGAAGCUGAUUUGGACGACGAUUAUUUUCCGGAGGCUGUCAGUAAAAUGCAGAAUCGUCCUAUGCAUUUCCACGGACACGACUUCUACGUUGUCGCCUGGAACGACACCACUGGAAACGUCACUCUGGAUGCUGUCGAGGAACUCAAUCAGCGGGGAAAUAUUCCGAAGAAAUUCGAGAAUCCAAUACUCAAGGACGUUGUUACUAUUCCAGGAAGGGGUUACACGAUCAUCAGAUUCUUCGCUAGACAUUCUGGAUAUUGGCUAUUCCAAUCUCCCAUUAUAGAUGAGACGGUAAAGGAAACGGGUUUUGUUAUCAAAGUUGGAAAAGAUCCGACAGUGAAACCGGCUACACACUCCCGGUUCAGGCAUCGUCCACUUUUUAGAGAUAGGUCAUAAAAAGAUGGUGACUAUCUUUCGUAUACAAUAGGUUUUUUUGGUAAUUUUUAUUGAAACUUUCAAUAGAAAUUAUUCUAUCGAAAAAGUCUAAAAAGAAUCGGCUGAACUUCCCUUUUGUUGUUUGAUUUUCUCACUGAAUAGAACGAUCUUUCUUUUUAUAUUUAGCAAUAAAGAAAAUUUAUGCAAAUUUUCAGUCAUGUGAGAAUUUAUUCGUUUAAUAUUGGAAAAUCCCAAAAUGUUUCCCUAAUUCCUCUGAAAUCAACGGUCUA